GCCUGGAGCGCCGCUUUAGGGAAGUGACAAGCGGAGGAGGCUGAGAGGAGCGAGAGAGCGCGCUCGGAGCGGCAGAACUCCACAGCGCAGAACCCCGCGAAGGGGAAGGGAAGGGAAGCGGGGACGGGGCAGCCCAAGCGCCGUCCCAAAAGCAGCACAGCAGCAGCACCUCGGCUCAGGAUCCCUUGGAUGGUGGAGGGCGCGAGGGCAGGCGAGGAGAGCCGGCUCAGGGAUGCAGCGGCACCUCCGGCCGCGCGGCUGGGAGAGGAGCCCUUUCCUGCUCCAGCUGCUCUUGUGGCUGCUGCACACGCGGAGCCUGGCGGAGCCCGCAGCACAAGCAAUGAAUGUGUCGGCUGCUGCUGAUUUAAUGCCUACAUCAUCUUGGAAUGUGUCAAGUGAACUAGACAAAGAUUAUUUCUUGAAGCUUGAUGAGCCCAUGAACAAUAUCACCACUACCUUAGGCCAGACGGCAGAACUGCACUGUAGGGUUUCUGGAAAUCCUCCUCCAUCUGUGCGUUGGUUGAAAAAUGAUGCUCCCGUUGUACAGGAACCCAGAAGGAUAUCUUUCCGUGCGACAAACUAUGGAUCUCGAUUACGAAUAAGAAACCUUGAUACCACAGACACUGGCUACUUUCAGUGUGUGGCAACAAAUGGCAGGAAAACCGUUUCUACCACUGGGGUACUGUUUGUGAAAUUCGGUCCUCCACCAACAGCAAGUCCAGGAACAUCUGAUGAAUAUGAAGAAGAUGGAUUUUGUCAGCCAUACAGAGGAAUAGCAUGUGCAAGGUUUAUUGGAAACCGAACCAUUUAUAUGGAGUCCUUGCAUAUGCAGGGUGAAAUAGAAAAUCAGAUUACUGCUGCCUUCACUAUGAUUGGAACCUCCAGUCAUUUAUCUGAUAAAUGUUCCCAGUUUGCCAUUCCUUCACUCUGCCAUUACGCUUUCCCAUACUGCGAUGAGACUUCUUCAGCUGCAAAGCCACGGGAUCUGUGCCGUGAUGAGUGUGAAAUUCUGGAAAAUGUCCUUUGCCAAACUGAGUACAUCUUUGCAAGAUCCAACCCGAUGAUUCUGAUGCGUUUAAAGCUGCCUAAUUGCGAAGAUCUUCCACAGCCUGAUAGCCCAGAAGCUGUAAAUUGUAUCCGCAUUGGCAUCCCUAUGGCAGAUCCGAUCAACAAGAAUCACAAAUGUUACAACAGCACAGGAGCAGACUACCGAGGGACAAUGAGUGUCACAAAGUCUGGGCGACAGUGCCAGCCAUGGAAUUCUCAGUACCCCCACACGCACACGUUCACUGCUGUACGAUACCCAGAGCUGAAUGGGGGACACUCCUAUUGUCGAAACCCAGGGAAUCAGAAGGAGGCUCCAUGGUGCUUCACCUUAGAUGAAAAUUUUAAAUCUGAGCUUUGUGACAUCCCUGCCUGUGACACAAAAGACUCCAAGGAAAAGAAUAAAAUGGAAAUCCUCUAUAUACUGGUGCCAAGUGUUACAAUUCCCCUGGCUAUUGCCUUACUAUUUUUCUUCAUCUGUAUUUGCCGCAACAACCAGAAGUCUUCUUCCCCUCCAGUGCAAAGGCAGCCUAAGCAUGUCAGAGGACAGAACGUAGAGAUGUCUAUGCUGAAUGCAUACAAACCAAAGAGCAAAGCCAAAGAGCUGCCUCUAUCUGCUGUCCGUUUUAUGGAAGAGUUGGGUGAAUGUGCCUUUGGCAAAAUCUACAAGGGACAUCUUUAUCUACCAGGCAUGGAUCAUGCUCAGCUGGUUGCCAUUAAGACCCUAAAGGACUGCAACAAUCCGCAACUGUGGGCAGAGUUCCAACAGGAAGCCUGUCUGAUGGCAGAACUGCAUCAUCCCAACAUCGUUUGCCUUCUUGGCGUUGUGACUCAGGAGCAGCCAGUCUGCAUGCUUUUUGAGUACAUGAAUCAAGGGGACCUGCAUGAAUUUCUUAUAAUGCGAUCACCACAUUCAGAUGUUGGGUGCAGCAGUGAUGAGGAUGGUACUGUAAAAUCUAGCUUAGAUCAUGGAGAUUUUCUGCACGUAGCAGUCCAGAUUGCAGCAGGGAUGGAAUACUUAUCAAGUCAUUUUUUUGUUCACAAGGAUCUGGCUGCUCGAAAUAUUUUAAUUGGAGAACAGCUGCACGUGAAGAUUUCUGAUUUGGGACUGUCAAGGGAAAUCUACUCUGCAGAUUAUUUCAGAGUUCAAAACAAGUCCCUCUUACCCAUUCGUUGGAUGCCCCCAGAGGCAAUUCUGUAUGGCAAAUUCUCUUCCGAUUCAGACAUCUGGUCCUUUGGUGUUGUCCUGUGGGAGAUUUUCAGCUUUGGUCUCCAGCCCUAUUAUGGAUUUAGUAACCAAGAGGUCAUAGAAAUGGUUAGGAAGCGACAACUUUUGCCAUGCUCUGAAGACUGCCCUCCCAGAAUGUACAGCUUAAUGACUGAAUGUUGGCAUGAGCUGCCAUCUCGGAGACCAAGGUUUAAAGAUAUCCAUGCCAGGCUGCGUUCUUGGGAGGGGCUGUCAAGUCACACUAGUUCUACUACUCCUUCUGGUGGAAAUGCUACCACUCAGACAACUUCUCUCAGUGCAAGCCCAGUUAGCAACCUGAGUAACCCUAGGUACCCUAACUACAUGUUUCCAGCACAGGGUAUACCACAAGGCCAAAUUGCUGGAUUUAUUGGCCCACCAAUACCUCAAAGCCAGCGAUUUAUUCCUAUAAAUGGAUAUCCAAUUCCUCCUGGAUAUGCUGCUUUCCCAGCUGCUCACUACCAGCCUGCAGGCCCACCCAGAGUAAUUCAGCACUGUCCUCCACCAAAGAGUCGUUCGCCAAGUAGUGCGAGUGGAUCAACCAGCACCGGGCAUGUGACUAGCUUACCCUCUUCAGGAUCUAAUCAGGAUGCAAAUAUUCCUUUGCUGUCUCAUAUGUCUAUGCAGAGUCAUCCAAGUGGGAUUAGUAUAACCGUUUUUGGAAACAAAACUCAAAAACCCUACAAAAUUGACUCCAAACAGACAUCUCUAUUAGGAGAUUCCAGUAUUCAUGGACAUAAUGAGACCGUGAUUUCAGCAGAGAUGUAAAUAAACAAGACUUUUGUAAAUAAACCUAUUUACAAUACGGAAUGUCUACAAUAUAGAACGUUUUUAGAGGAGAUUUAUAUUCAAAUAUUUUAUUGGAGAUUUUUCUGGCUGUAUAAAGAGAUAUUUGCAAUAAGUAUCUUCUGUGAAGUUUAUUUGUGCUUAACAGGAUAAAGAGGUGCCAACCGUAUUUUUUAAAAAUAAGUUAACACUCAAUAUCUUGGAUGAACCCUUAUUUUACAGCUACCAAGGAGAAAGAAAUUUUUGUGUGUGUGAGUGAAAAAGAAACUUAACUGUGAUACGUUUUAUUUAAUCACAAUUACUUAAACCAAGUAAUUUCUGUCUCAGCAAUCUUAUUAAAAACCCAUUUUAAUAUUGGUCACUUUUAUGAAUGAAUGAGGUUAAGACAAAUGUUGAGGACGAUUAAGUAUGCUCCUGUAGAAUGGAAGUUGUAGUCUUUUUUGGUCUAAUGUGGUUUGAGGGUACCACAAGCACCUGAUCCAGAGAUAGGGUGAAACCAAUCACAGUGAUAAAGUUGCUUGUAUUUCAUUCUAAUGGCACACAUUGGGCAUUGACUUUUAUUAUUUCCCCCCUUUAAACAGCAUCCGCAAAUCAGAAGUGUAGUGGAUCAGCAAUAUAUUAUCAAAACGACAAUUCCUUUUUAGAAUUUUGUUCAGACAUAUUCAGUUUUGAGUAUGUAAACAGUUUCUGUCUAGUGAUACGUCUAAACUCAUGCACAAACUAGGACAAGCAAUAGAACCCUCUUGGAACUGCAUACAAUAAGUGAGUGAAAAUUAUACUUCUUGACAUUAUAUCUGUAGUUGCAAUAGAAUUUUUGUAUCCCUUUGUUGCUAUGCAACCCUUUAAUUAAAGAAAAUUCUAAAUUCUUAUUUUAUAACAGACAAUCAGUUUUCCCGAAAAUAUUUAUUAUUUCAAGUACAAUAAAUAGCUUUUGUAGUGAUAACCCUGAAAUGGGAAGCCUACAUUCCAUCAGUUGUACACAACAAUUUUUUAGAAAUUUUCUAUGAUAACUUUUGUAUGUCAUUUCAAAUAAUGUGAAUUAGAAUUAACUUUUUACUAGAAAAUUGCUUUUUUAUUACUGAAUUUUAUUCAGGUGUAAUCAAUCUGGAUUAUUUUGAAACCACUGUAAUGUUUGAAAAAAUACUGUGUAAAUUACAACCUCUUAGACUUUCUUAUUAAAAUAAUUUUGUAUGGAUUAUAUACACAAAUCUUUCAGACACUCGACAGUACUUUUUUUUCAAAAUCUUUUGCACAAAAAUGUUGUCUUUGUAUAGCAGAAGUGAAAAAUACAUCCUGCUUUUU